UACUUUUUGGAACCUCUCAACAGAAACCCUGUUCUUUUUUUUUGUUUUUGUUUUUUAAUGUCAUACUUUAAAGAAAAAAUACUUAAAACCUUCCUACCCAAAGACCAGGGGCGAAAUGCCCAUUGAGAAAUUAACUGUUGGAAGACUGUGAUGCUUCUCGGGUUAAUGGUAUGAAGCUUCUUAGCCACUUCCUAUGAUUCCCUAUCAUGACCAAAACCUUAGAAAAUGAAAUAAUUUCCCAGGCUUAGUUGUGGCUUGGUAUCUAAUACUAACAGGGUCUUAGAUCCUUUAAGAAGUUGUGAGGGAAGGGAAUUUAUAAACAAUGGUUACAGACUGCACACAUUCUAUGAAUUUUUCUAUUAUUCUCGGAGGGUUCUUAAACCAAGCAAAGGUCCAUUUCAUGAACAUUUCCAUUUUCUUGAAUAUUUAUCAAAUGCUUAUUAUGUUCUAGGUACUAUGCUGAUAGCUAGAGAUAACAAAAAUAAUAGAAAAUGAUUACCUGCCACCCAUUUUAGUGCAGGAGAUACACAUAGACAACUAUUUUUUUAAAUGUGGUAAAUAUCCAUCCUGAAAAAAAAUGAACAAAAAGCUGGGGUAUCAUAGGAACAGAAUGGUCCAUUUUGUCUGGAGAAUGCCUUGAAGAAGAAAUAAUAUUUGUGUUCAGCCCUGAAGACUAGGCAGGGCCUUGUCAUGGUAGACAGGAGAGUAUUCCAGAAAAAAAGAAAACAAAACACUGGGAGCAAAGUCUUGGAAGUACAAACGGCAUUGGCUAGACGGCAAAGUCUGCAAGUGGAGGAUGGAGGAACAAACAGACAAAUGAAAACAAGACCUGGAGAAGUCCUUAUUGAUUGUUUAGAUUCAAUUGAAGACACCAAAGGAAAUAAUGGGGAUAGAGGUAGACUCUUAGUAACAAAUUUAAGAAUUAUCUGGCAUUCUUUGGCAUUACCCAGAGUCAAUCUUUCUAUCGGUUACAACUGCAUAUUGAGCAUUACAACAAGGACUGCUAACUCUAAAUUACGAGGCCAAACUGAAGCUCUUUAUAUACUAACAAAAUGUAACAGUACUCGUUUUGAGUUUAUAUUUACAAAUUUGGUUCCUGGAAGUCCUAGACUUUUUACUUCUGUGAUUGCAGUACACAGAGCAUAUGAAACUUCUAAAAUGUAUCGUGAUUUUAAAUUGAGAAGUGCACUAAUUCAAAAUAAGCAACUACGAUUAUUACCACAAGAACAUGUAUAUGAUAAAGUCAAUGGAGUAUGGAAUUUAUCCAGUGAUCAGGGAAAUUUAGGAACCUUUUUUAUUACCAACGUGAGAAUCGUGUGGCAUGCAAAUAUGAAUGAGAGUUUUAACGUCAGCAUACCAUAUCUGCAAAUUCGUUCCAUAAAGAUUAGAGAUUCAAAAUUUGGUUUAGCUCUUGUCAUAGAAAGUUCUCAGCAGAGUGGAGGAUAUGUUCUUGGCUUUAAAAUAGAUCCUGUGGAAAAACUACAAGAAUCAGUUAAGGAAAUCAAUUCACUUCACAAAGUCUAUUCUGCCAGUCCUAUAUUUGGAGUGGAUUAUGAGAUGGAAGAAAAGCCACAGCCCCUUGAAGCUCUAACAGUUGAACAGAUUCAAGAUGAUGUAGAAAUAGACUCUGAUGAUCACACGGACGCUUUUGUGGCUUAUUUUGCUGAUGGCAAUAAGCAACAAGAUCGUGAACCUGUAUUUUCAGAAGAACUGGGGCUUGCAAUAGAGAAAUUGAAGGAUGGAUUCACCCUACAGGGACUUUGGGAAGUAAUGAGUUGAUCUUGAGUUGAGCUGGAUUUCUAUUUAAAGAUAUCUCAAGAUUAAAGAUACUAGUUGCCUGCUAUAAGGCAUGGAAUAGUUUUUACUUUUACAGAAAAAGCUUUUAAAAAAGAGUUUUUUAAUGAUUAAGGAAAAACUCAUUAUCUAAGAUUUUAUUGCCACUUUUCUAAAAAUUGUAUUUAAAAUUGUAAUCAAAAUGUAUCUGGUUUGUAAAUAUGUUUAUUUUGUACCUAAUGCUUGUAAAUUACUAGUCUGCAGAUGUUAAAUGACUGUAUCAUGUUGGGUUUAAUAAAGAAUUUAUGCAGCACCA